AUGCUUUCUCGGCUGCCGCUGCGUCGCUUUCGCCCCUUCGCCUCGUCGCUUGGCGCGACGCAAUCCAACUCGGCCGAUACUUCCGCCUCGCACGUGGAUACGCAUCAGCAAAACACUACCGCCGCGAGUACACCAGUCACUCAAUCAUCCUUGGCGAGAAGCAAACCGCCCUCCAAGGCUACUACCGCGUCCCCCGCUUCUGCGUCCUUUCUGACAGAUUACCGGACGGAGAGGGCGCAAAGCCGCUGGAACGCAGCGAGGCGCCACACUCAGGCCGCCACAUCAGCGUCGUUGCGCACCGCUGCAUCGCAGGGCACUACCUCCACAUCCUCAGCCUCAUCGUCAUCGCACAUAGUGCCAUCCGCUGUGGUUCGCCCACUUUUGCAGCGCAUAAUGCAGGGAAAGAACAAGGUGGUGGUGCUCCACCCAGAGGGAAGUCAGGUCGUUACUCUUGACCUGUCUAUCCAGCUCUCGGAACCAGCGAGCAAUGGAUUGCCGUCCUCAUCAUCCGUGACGGGUACUACGGCACCGUCGCAGCCGAAGCGUGUCUCCACAGUGGUAGUAAAGAGCAUGGCUCGGGAGGAAAAGGAGGUGGCAUCCAAAACGCUGGAUCGCAUCCGUCUGCUCUUCGCGCCACCGCGGCCAAGCAGGAAUAACUCGAAACGGAUCACGAAGGAGCAAAUUUUUGCUGACUGUCCAACUGUGCGCGCCUUCUGCCGCUCCUCCGACCUCGCCAGGGUGGCGGAGGCGGACAGUUCCCUGGCUGCUCCAGGGGCGAAGUCAGCUGUCCUCCCGUCAUUGAGCGAAACAGCACCGUACACGGAACUGAACCCAGUACUACCGAACUCCGUCUUUUGGAAGCACGCUCAGGUGCUGUGCGUCAAUGAGACCAACGUACGUGUGCUUUACAACGUGCCUACGAUCACCUCUCUCACCUCGCCAGGUAUACCGUACGUAGGGCUGCCGCUCGCGUGCGCAGACGUGUCGCUGCUCUUCGCGUCCAAGGAGAGGGUAUGCUACGAGUGGUGCGUGCUCUCUGAGGCGUCGGCGAGCUCGCGCAGCCCCACUCACGGAGAUGCAACCUUUCGCGUGGUUGGCACCGCGCCAACCUUCACGCCAACCAGCGACCUGCAGGGCAAGGCGAUGAUGCUGCGGGUUUCUCUGGACCCCGCGACUGGCCUCUGGACGGAGAUGCGUCUGCCUGGUGUGGUGCGCCAGCUACCGCCACCGGUGUCACGUUGGCAGGAGACGGUCACGGAUGUCAACUACCCGGCUUUCCGCGUUGUCACCUACAACAUACUCUACGAUGACUUCUGCACAUCGAAGAACUCCAAGGCGAAGAUAUACCCGUUUGCCAGCGAUGAGGUUCUCGACCUUGAGAACCGAAAGGUGCGCAUCGCGCAGGAGCUCUUAGCCUAUCAUGCGGAUCUGGUCUGCUUGCAGGAGUGCGGUCGAGAUGUCUUUCAAGGCUACUUUCUUCCUGUGAUGCGCGCGUGCGGGUACGACGGGGUGUACUGCAACAAGUCUGGAUCGGUGAAGGAGGGCUGCGGUUUCCUGUUUCGCGAGUCUCGCUUUCAUCUCGUUGAAUCCGCGUCUGUCCCGCUGAACUUUCAAACUCUUUCCUCCAUGUUUCCGGACCUGGCGGGGCGGGUGGGUGCUUGCCCUGAGCUGAAGGAAGCGCUUUCCACAGUGACCACCAUUGGGGCGCGAGUGGUGCUUCGAGAAACCACCAGUGACAAGGAGGUGGUGGUCGGUAAUACGCAUCUUUUUUACCACGCCAAUGCGUGCCACAUUCGUAUUCUGCAAGCGUACAUGCUGCUGCACUGGCUGCACGAGGCGUCCCUGAUUCCGCCUGGCGGGGACGCGGUGGCGUCACCGUCAUCCAGUUUUGCCGACCAUGCACCGCCGCACCGACCUGUUGUCAUGUGUGGGGAUUUCAACUGCACGCACCCCACCGGCGCGUACCGUCUCCUCACAACGGGUCAGGUGGAGGCCAAUCACCCAUCGUGGGAUAAGGGGAAGCUCUUCUGGUGGGGUUGCGCGCGACUGCUUGGUUACGAAGCUGAGAACCUCGGAGAGCUGCUUGACAGGGACGCGGUUCUGCCGCAGACUAGAGUGGCGCGGAAGAGUCCCACGCAGCAGCAAAAAUCGCCAGCAGAAACGGCGAAGCCCACCACCACCAAGUUGGCAGAUGUUCCUGUGGAAGCAAGUAACGAGACGCAAGGACAAGAGGAAUCCGCACAACGCGAGUAUGGGGAGCGCGUUAUUACGAAGGUGUUUCACGAGGCGCUCUACGGACCACAGAUGCACUUGCAGGACGCCUACCAGCGCACCGAUCUCUCACUGCCGUGGACGAACUUCACGCUCACUUUUCGUGAGGUGAUUGACUACAUCUUCUUCUCCGAAGACUCUUUAGAAGUCCUUCGCACAGUGCCCAUUCCUCCAGAGGCCGAGCUGGCAGAGAACUUUGCCUUGCCGAACAAGAAAUAUCCGUCCGACCACAUCGCCCUUGUUGCAGACCUCGCCUUUACGACGUAG